CAUACGCCGGCAGAUAGGGAGUGAUCUCUGCACAGCGUCGUCUCUGUGUCCUCCUGGGCAUCGGUGUCCUUUUACCUCCAGAUGCUCUAACUUGUUGCGAACCGAACAGAUUCUUUAUUUUUUGUCCAGACCUAAGCCCAACUCAUAUAAGAGAUCAGUGAUGGCAACCUACCAGGAGUUCAUCCAACAGAAUGAGGACAGGGAUGGGGUGAGAUUCAGCUGGAAUCUCUGGCCCUCGAGCCGCCUGGAAGCCACCAGGCUGGUAGUCCCUGUCUCCUGUCUCUUCACGCCACUCAAGGAGAGGCCCAACUUGCCGCCGGUCCAAUACGAGCCAGUUCUUUGCAGCCGAGCCAACUGUAAGGCCGUUCUCAACCCACUAUGUCAAGUUGACUUCAGAGCAAAAAUAUGGGCUUGCAACUUCUGCUUCCAGAGAAACCCAUUUCCUCCCUCUUAUGCAGGCAUAUCAGAAAUGAACCAGCCAGCUGAGCUUAUGCCACAGUUUUCUACAAUUGAGUACAUAGUACAGCGUGGUCCUGCAGCCCCUCUGAUCUUCCUGUAUGUGGUGGACACGUGUUUGGAAGAAGAAGACCUCCAGGCCCUCAAAGAGUCUCUCCAGAUGUCCCUCAGUCUGCUGCCCCCCAACGCUCUGGUGGGCCUCAUCACAUUUGGCCGCAUGGUCCAAGUUCAUGAGCUCAGCUGUGAGGGGAUUGCUAAGAGCUAUGUGUUCCGGGGCACCAAAGACCUUACCUCCAAACAGAUUCAGGAGAUGCUGGGUUUAACAAAGCAAGCAGUAUCAGGACAGCAAGGUCACCCUGUGGCCCCUCAGGAUGCUGCUGCCACUUGCAAGUUUCUUCAGCCCGUGCAUCGAGUCGAUAUGAAUCUGACAGAUUUACUUGGAGAGCUUCAGAGAGACCCGUGGCCUGUCCCUCAGGGUAAACGGCCACUCCGCUCCACUGGUGUUGCACUGUCCGUCGCUGUCGGCCUUCUGGAGGGUACAUUCCCCAACACAGGGGCUCGUGUGAUGCUUUUCAUUGGAGGGCCGCCCACACAGGGCCCAGGAAUGGUGGUGGGAGAUGAGCUGAAAACUCCAAUACGUUCCUGGCAUGACAUCCAGAAAGACAAUGCUCGCCAUCUGAAAAAGGCCACCAAGUACUAUGAAGCCUUGGCCAAUCGUUCAGCAGUGAAUGGCCACAGUAUUGAUAUUUACGCAUGUGCCCUAGACCAGACCGGACUGCUUGAGAUGAAGUGCUUAUCUAAUCUCACUGGGGGGCAUAUAGUGAUGGGAGACUCCUUCAAUACCUCAUUGUUCAAGCAAACCUUCCAGAGAGUCUUUAGUAAGGACUAUAAUGGUGACUUCCGCAUGGCCUUUGGAGGUGUCCUGGAAGUCAAGACAUCAAGGGAGCUGAAGGUUUGUGGGGCCAUUGGACCGAGUGUUUCACUCAACUCAAAGGGUCCCUGUGUUUCAGAGAAUGAAUUGGGCAUUGGUGGCACCAGCCAAUGGAAAGUGUGCAGUCUCAGCCCCUCCACCACUUUGGGCAUUUAUUUUGAAGUCGUGAAUCAGCACAAUGCACCCGUCCCUCAGGGUGGUCGUGGGGCAGUCCAGUUUAUAACCCAGUACCAGCACUCCAACACACAGAGGAGGAUACGGGUCACCACCAUUGCCAGGAACUGGGCAGACGCCCAGUCUCAGAUUCAGCACAUCGAGUCAUCCUUCGACCAGGAAGCAGCCGCAGUGCUCAUGGCUCGCCUGGGAGUCUUUAGGGCGGAGUCUGAAGAGGGUCCUGACGUGCUGCGUUGGCUUGACAGGCAGCUCAUCCGCCUGUGUCAGAAAUUUGGCCAGUUCAAUAAAGAUGAUCCGACGUCCUUCAGACUGUCAGAGUCUCUGUCUCUCUAUCCACAGUUUAUGUUCCACUUGCGCCGGUCACCAUUCCUGCAAGUGUUCAACAACAGCCCAGAUGAGUCAUCCUAUUACAGGCAUCACUUUGUCAGGCAGGACUUGACCCAGUCCCUGAUCAUGAUCCAACCCAUCCUCUACUCAUACUCCUUCUAUGGACCACCAGAGCCUGUGCUCCUGGACAGUAGCAGUAUCCUUCCAGAUCGAAUCCUGCUGAUGGACACUUUCUUCCAGCUGGUUAUCUACCAUGGAGAGACCAUAGCUCAGUGGCGAAAAGCAGGCUAUCAAGAAAUGGUGGAGUAUGAGAACUUUAAACAGCUGCUGCAGGCUCCACUGGACGAUGCUCAAGAGAUCCUGCAGACACGCUUCCCCAUGCCACGCUACAUUGACACAGAGCACGGAGGCUCCCAGGCUCGCUUCCUGCUCUCCAAAGUCAACCCAUCGCAGACCCACAACAACCUCUAUGCCUGGGGACAGGAGACAGGAGCCCCGAUCCUUACCGACGACGUGAGCCUGCAGGUCUUCAUGGACCACUUGAAGAAAUUGGCUGUUUCCAGCUCAGCGUAGAACUCGCUAUUGCACCACAAAGAGAAAAGGAGUGAUACAGCAAUCCUCUUUCAUAGGGAUCCAUUAACAUUUCCCCAGCUUUGUAAAGGACCCAAACCCAGACAGUCUACUGUAUGUGCUUGUUUAAUUUUGCUGUUUUUUGAGACCAAUGUGACAUUUACAUGCCACAACAAGAACAGAAAAGGGUGAUGGCACGUUGGUAAAAUAAAUAAGUAAAUAGUAGUAACAUGUCUACCUUUUUUCAGUAAAUAACUUAUUUAUGAGAAAUGUUUUCAGAACCAAACUGUUCUUAUGUCAAUAAUAUCUCUAUUUCUGUUUAAUGUUUGGUACAUGAAGAAUAAUUAGACUUAAACUUUCUUUAUUUUGUCUUUUGUUUGUUAUGAAUGUGUAUCUACUGCAUCAGACUGUAUAAGGCGCUGUUUAAUAGGAGGAUUAUGUGUGUCUGCUUUUGUCUAUAGCUAAAAUUGAUCUCAUUAAUAAAUUAUAACAGUAUCUCUUGUUUAAAA